AUGGAAAGAAAGUGGAUACUGGAGGAUUUUAAUUUAAUCUUUUUUGGUGUGCUCUGUCUCCUUUCCAUAGAUGGAGGUAAACUAGAACAAGUAAAAUAUUCAGAUACUUACUGUGUGUUUCAAGAUAAGAAAUACCAUGUAGGAGAAAGAUGGCAUCCUUAUCUAGAACCCUAUGGCCUUGUUUACUGCGUUAAUUGUCUUUGUUCAGAGAAUGGAAAUGUUUUGUGCAGCAGAAUAAGAUGCCCAAGUCUACACUGUGCUUCCCCUGUGCAUGUACCACAGCUGUGCUGCCCACGAUGCCCAGAAGACUCCCUUUUCUCAGCAAGCAGCAAAAUCACCGGGAAAUCCUGUGAAUACAAUGGCACCACCUACCACCAUGGCGAAAUGUUUGUGGCUGAGGGGCUUUUCCAAAACAGGCAAGCAAACCAGUGUGCCCAGUGCAGCUGCUCAGAAGGAAAUGUGUACUGUGGAUUGAAGACUUGUCCCAAAUUAACUUGCUCUUUCCCAGUUUCUGUUCCGGAGUCCUGCUGUCCAGUUUGCAGAGGAGAUGGAGAAUUAUCAUGGGAACAUUCUGAUGGAGAUAUAUUUCGGCAGCCAGCCAACAGGGAAGCUAGACACUCAUCCCAUCGCUCCCAUUACGACCUGUCACCCAGCUCUGCCAGGCAGGUAGUGAACAUUCCACGAUUUCCCAAUGCCAGGAGUAACCGUGGAGUCCUUCCGGAUCCCCAGCAGGCCUCAGGAACAAUAGUACAAAUCGUCAUCAACAACAAGCAUAAGCACGGACGAGUUUGUGUUUCAAAUGGCAAAACAUACUCACAUGGUGAAUCUUGGCAUCCCAAUCUCCGAGCCUUUGGAAUCGUAGAGUGCGUGUUGUGCACCUGCAACAUCACCAAACAAGAAUGUAAGAAAAUUCACUGUCCAGAACAAUAUCCCUGCAAAUACCCUCAGAAAGUAGAAGGAAAAUGCUGUAAAGUCUGUCCAGAAGAUGUGCCAAGUCAAACCUUUGACAACAAAGAUUACUCCUGUGGCAAAGAGACAUUUCCUGUCUAUGAAUCCAUUUUCACAGAGGAAGGAGAAACCAUCAGGAAAAUUGCAAUAGAGACUGAAAAGCCACCUCAAAUAGAAAUACAUGUGUGGACAAUUAGAAAAGGGAUUCUGCGUCACCUCUAUAUUGAAAAAUUGUCCAAGAGAGAAUUUGAAGGACUUCCUUACUUCAAGCUGAUAACAAGGACAACCCUUAGCCAGUGGAAAAUAUUUAGUGAGGGAGAAGCUCAGAUCAACCAAAUGUGUGAAAGCAGAGUGUGCAGGACUGAGCUCGAGGAUUUGGUAAAGGUUUUGUACCUUGAAAAGUCUGAAAAGGUUCACUGUUAA